AUGGACAAUGCGCAAACCAGAAGUCGCCGUCGAGAGACUCGCGACCAGUCCCCCGUCGAGUCCUCCGCCGAUGAGUUAGCCGCGGGGUCAGAUCGCGAAGAGACAAAGCGCCGCCGAACAAGCUGGUCGCACCAAAAGAACUUCACCCCGCAACGCGCAUCCCCCAAUAAACGCCAGUAUGACGAGUCCGAUAGCCCGGGUGAGGUAGCUGGAGAUGCAGACGAGUAUUGGCAUGACUCGCAUUCCGGCUCUCGUCGCCGCAGCCCUUCGCCCAUUGAUCGCCCUACCCCAAUAGAGCGCAGCCACGAGGAUCGCUCCCCCGACGAAUCCGACGCGCUCUCUGAGGAUCGCCGAGAACGAGAAGAACACAAUCACCACUCAUCGCGAGACGAUAUUUCCAAUCGCUCCUCGACACCUGUGCCGCCCGCCAAUGCGACACCUCCACCUGCCCCGAAGCCCGAGUCUUUGAACUACAAAGAGAAGUAUGUGCUCAAGGCGCAUCUUCGCGGUGUGUCAACGGUGCAGUUUUCUCCGGACUGCAGUAUGAUUGCGAGUGGCGGCUCCGACGCCGUCAUCAAGGUCUGGGAAACCCUAACCGGCAAACUCAUAUACACAUUCGAAGGCCAUCUCGCCGGUAUCUCUACAUUGGCCUGGAGUCCGGAUGGAGAGUGGAUUGCAUCAGGAUCUGACGACAAAACAAUCAGAUUCUGGAACGUGAAAACCGGUCGAGCACACACAAAACCCUUCGUCGGCCACCAUAACUACGUCUACCAAAUCGCCUUCGCACCAAAGGGCAACAUCCUCGUCAGCGGCUCCUACGACGAAGCCGUAUUCCUCUGGGACGUCCGACGAGCCAGCGUAAUGCGCUCACUCCCCGCACACUCCGACCCCGUCGCCGGUAUAGACGUCGUCCACGACGGUACCCUAAUCGUCUCCUGCGCGCAUGACGGACUAGUCCGAGUCUGGGACACGCAUAGCGGCCAGUGUCUGCGCACUCUAGUCCACGAAGACAACCCACCCGCAACGUGCGUGAAAUUCUCACCAAACGGGAAAUACAUCCUGGCGUGGACGCUUGAUGGGUGUAUCCGGAUGUGGAAUUACGUUGAGUCGCGCGUUGUGAAGACUUUCCAGGGUCACGCCAAUACCAAGUACAGUAUUUCGGGCUGUUUUGGUUUAUAUGGGGAGCCUGAGAUGAAAUAUUCGCCUCCGCUUUGCUUUGCGGUGUCGGGGAGUGAGGAUGGAGAUAUUCUUUGUUGGGAUAUUGUGAGUAAGAAUGUUUUGCAGCGCAUUAAGGGGCAUACGGAGCCUGUUCUUUGUGUGCAUACGGGGAAAUUGGAUGGGAAGAGGCUUAUGGUUAGUUGUGGUCUUGAUUUGACGGUUCGGUUGUGGGAGGAGGUUUUUGAUGAGGAUCAUCGGAUCCCUGGAGAGGAAACCUCAUCUACUCCCCUCGUCAACGGUGUCUCUGCUAUCAGUCCCGGAGAGGAUAACGAAGAUAAAGAUAUGGAAGAUGUCGAAGCCAACGCCGAAGCCGAAACUCCCCUGGACCCAUCUUCUGCGAACACACCAGCGCAAGAUGUGAUGAUGACAUGA